AUGGCGGUGCCGGAAGAGGCGGCGGUCGGCGAUGGCCGGCCGGUGGCGACGAAGAAGUCAGCGUGGACCAAGGAGGAGGACGCCGUGCUGCGGGAGCAGGUCCUGCUGCACGGCCCGCAGAACUGGGCGGCCAUCAGCGAGGCGUUGGCCGGGCGCAACCCCAAGUCGUGCCGCCUCCGCUGGUGCCAGCACCUGAGCCCCCUCGUCGACACCGCCAGGCCCUUCACCCCCCUGGAGGACGAGAAGAUCAUCGCGUCCUACUGCGUGUUCGGCAGCAAGUGGGCCACCAUCGCGGGCUUCCUCCCGGGCCGCACCGACAACGCCAUCAAGAACCGCUGGCACUCCGUGCUCAGCAAGGUGUACCAGCAGCAGCAGCGGGCGGCUGCACCCAUCCGCCGCCUCCCCGACGGGACGUUGGUUCUGUUUCCUUUGACGCCAGGGGAUGUCAAGGCGUUCCGCAUGGACACCAUCCCAGUGCCCCGCCACCCGCCGCCGGGGAUUGGUCUGAGCGGCGAGUGCCUGAACCUGUUUCCGCUGGUGGCGGGGGAUCUCGUCAGGGGCAAUAAUGCGAGCGAGGCGGCGGCGAUGGUUGUGGAUUGCAGCACCGACGAAUCGCUCGUCGAGCUGAGGCUCUGGCCGUCCACGAACCACGACGGCGGCGUUCAGGACGACGAAUCGCUCGCCGAGCUGAGGCUCUGGCCGUCCACCAACCACGGGGGCGGCGUUCAGGGCGAUGGUGCAGGCAGUUCGGGCGCCCAAGACUGUCUUGUAUCUGCCUGA